ACUAGGGUUUAGGGCUUUCUCUUUUUGUGUGGAUGGAGUAGCGGGAGAAAUGCCACAGCCCUCGGUGAUCUUGGCCACAGCGGGCUACGAUCACACGAUCCGCUUCUGGGAGGCGACGAGCGGCCGCUGCUAUCGCGUCUUGCAGUACACCGAUUCGCAAGUGAAUAAGCUCGAGAUCACUCCCGACAAGCAUUUCCUCGCUGCUGCUGGCAAUCCUAACAUCCGGCUCUUCGAAAUAAAUUCCAGCAAUCCUCAACCAGUUCUCAACUAUGAUGCUCACACCAGUAACGUGACAGCCAUUGGUUUCCAGUGUGAUGGAAAAUGGAUGUACUCUGGAUCGGAGGAUGGAACGGUGAAGAUCUGGGAUCUCCGUGCACCUGGCUGUCAGAUGGAAUAUGAAAGCCGAGCAGCAGUAAACACAGUCGUGCUCCACCCCAACCAGCAAGAGCUUAUCUCUGGCGAUCAAAAUGGAAACAUCAGGGUGUGGGACUUGACUGCAAACUCAUGUAGCUGCGAGCUGGUUCCUGAGGUCGACAUGGCCAUAAGAUCGCUGACGGUCAUGUGGGACAUUGUGGUCGCAGCUAAUAAUCGUGGGAUUUGUUAUGUAUGGCGUUUGCGUCAGGAUACACAGCUGCUAACCAAGUUUGAUCCGUUGCACAAGUUAGAAGCCCACAACACGUACAUCCUCAAGUGCCUCUUGUCUCCCGAAUACUGUGACGAGGACCACAAGUACCUGGCGACGGCAUCAGCCGAUCACACCGUAAAGAUUUGGAAUAUCAACAAUUUCACUCUGGAGCGUACUUUGACAGGUCACUCCGCCUGGGUGUGGGACUGUGUGUUCUCAGUCGAUGGUGCAUUUCUCGUCACAGCAUCAUCUGAUAAAACUGCAAGGCUGUGGGAGCUAGCAACCGGAGAGGCAAUCAAAGUUUAUCAAGGGCAUUCGAAAGCAGCGAAUUGUUGUGCGCUCCAUGAUGGAACAGCCGAGCCUGCAAACUAGGUGUGUAAUCUUACAUGUAGCGUUUCCUUUUUGUUUCCGCUUGCAUCAUAGAACUAACAUCGCUAAACCUUAUAGUUUUGUAUGUAAUUCAUUUUAUGUCAAUAAGCGCAACCACUUGAUAGCGAAGUUGCAGUCGCCACCACAAAUUUGACAACGAGCUCUUGCCAUCUUGAGCCGCGCAAUAAAUGUGAAUAUACGGUUUGAUGGGGGGAAAAGGUAAACCAUUUUAUCUUCUUUUACCAUCAAAAGUCAUUGUUUUUCCAUGGCGGUAUUUAUGUCCAAAGGUGGGGGAAGGUGGCGGUGGUUGCAUGGCAAUAUCCCAGGCUCACAUGCAAACACAAUCGUUAAAUGCCCCACAUUGACUCACAUUGACCCAGCGGUUGACCGGGUCUGACUCGUCCCAUUUGGCUACGCGACACUAAGCAUCGUUCACACGGGAAUCUGGACGCUGUCGGAUUCUAUUCUCCCCCCGGGUAAAUCGUGAAUUCCUGGGUACGGACAGCGGUAAAGCCUGCGUACGGGCAUAUGCGGACACGUAAAAAAGGUGGCGGGGAACUGCGGGGGAAAGAAAUGGUCCUUUUUUUUACACACACUGGUCGCUUUGGUCUCGAUGGGCUAACAGUGCAUUCAAUGCAAUGGCGCUUUGGAAUAUAGUGGGAGUAUAAAGAAGGCGCCGCUGGUGGUGUAUUCAAUCACAGGCCAGUGGUAGUCUAUUCUCUCUUUUUCUUCGUCUAGGACAGGAGUUCUCUUGGGAGUUCUCCCGGGUUUGAUCGACUGUCUAGAGAGUGUUCUUCGUGUGAUUCCUCGAUGCUAUCGCGGGGAUCUUCAAUGGGGACCAAGAUCUUUCUCUUUGCGUUGCUGGCUGUGGCUGGAAUGAUCCUCGUCGCAGAUGCCCGGGUCUCUCGAAUCCUCGAAGAGGAGGUCUCCAAAUCCUCGUCCUCCACUUCCAGCUCCACCAAGGAGUACUCGGGCGGAGGCGCUGGAGGCACGCAAUCGGCUGGAGGAGGCGGGUACGGAAACUCCCAGGGAGGUAGCGGCUAUGGCGGAACUCCCAGCGCGGGUGGUGCCGGGUACGGGAGCUCCCAGGGCGGGGGCGGAUACGGCGGAACGCCCAGCGCGGGCGGCGCGGGAUACGGCAAUGGGGGUGGUGGCGGCGGGUACGGCGGCACCCCGGGCGCUGGCGGCGGUGGGUACGGAAACUCCCAUGGUGGUGGCGGCGGCGGCUGCUGGGGGCCGGUUUGUGGCGGAGGCUUUGGCGGGCCGAGCGGUGGCGGUGGCGGCGUCACGAUUGGCGGUGUUCCAAUCGGGUAUGGGUACGGCAAUGGGAAUGGCGGGUACGGAUAUGGAGGUAAACCUUGAGAAUUAUUUGUCACCUUUUCCAUGGAGAUAAAUAAAAUGUCCAAAGCGAAUCUUAGAAAAA